UAGGCUCGAUGUGACCGCGCUGCUUCCCGCUUUCGGCAGCCAGCAGUUGCUGGACCUUGCAGUCUUCGCGAUGCUAUCCCCAUGCAACGACAUGUACUCUUUAAAGCGGCGGCCGUUGUACACUCUCGCAAGGCCUGACCCCUCUUCCAGCACAGCCAUAACAAGCACUUCUUUUGCUCAACCAUGAAUGCAUGAGAAAGAAGACUUGUAUUUGACAUUCCAAGAACGAACCUGUCCACUGGGCCCCUCUGGAUAUAGUUCGACGUGCAAGCCCGUCAUUGAGCAUUUCCAUGGUAUAUUCCAGCAUGUAGAACGCUGCCACCAGAACGCAUUGCCAUAAUUCCAUCAGAAUCUGCCUGUCUUACAAUCAGGAGCAGCAUUUAGCAUCCCUGACUUACAAGCCAGCAUCUUCAUCCACGAUGCCGCUGAAAAAGUGGCAGCCCAUAGACGUCGACACGUACGGCUGGAAGGAGCGCUGGGGCGCAAAGUUCUACUGGACCCCCGAGCAUCACAGGCCAGAAGAUCUCGAGAAGCUCAUCCACUCGUACGACACAGUUGCCGCCGAGGCCCUGGAUCGACUAGACGAGCUCGUGCCACCACCCUACGCCAACAAAUCCGUCGACACCAACAUCAGGGAGCACAACAUCGAGGGCGGCCUCAGGCCAGAUGGCGGGAAGAAGGAGCGCAGGGACCUGUACGAGCUGAUGGGCAAGUAUGCCAACGAGGACGAGAAGAUUGGGCGGUUCUGGAGGUCGAUACACACCGUGCCCGACUGGGUGGACUGGGAGCAGAUCGAGCGUGGACAGAAGGUGUUUUGGCGAUAUGGCGGGCCGUCACUGACAACUCUCACCUUCAUGUCCCUCCUCGGCGGCAUGGGCAGCGGCAGGACCGUCGCGACCCUCGACCGCACAGGAGGCUUCUCCGCCAAGGUGGUGAAGCGGCGCCUCCUCGAGACAACCCAGCACACACUCAACGUCCACAAGGACCUGGCAUCCAUCCAGCCAGGAGGCGACGGCUUCGUCAACUCGGUCCAAGUCCGCCUCCUGCACGCGACGGUGCGCCAGCGGAUCCUCUCCAUGGCCGCCGAGCGGCCCGGCUUCUACGACGUGGCGACGUACGGCGUCCCCGUCAACGACCUCGACUGCAUCGGCACAAUCAACACGUUCUCCUCGACAGUCGUCUGGCUCGGCCUGCCCCGGCAGGGGAUAUACAUGCGCGAGGGGGAGAUUGCCGACUACCUCGCCCUGUGGCGAUACAUUGCAUACAUCAUGGGCACGCCGGACGAGUGCCUCGCCACGCCAAGGUCGGCGCGGAUCAUGAUGGAGUCCCUGCUCGCCUCCGAGAUCAACCCGACGCAGUCGAGCGCCGUGCUCGCCAACAACAUCAUCACCGGCAUGUCGGGCACCCCGCCCACGUUCUCGAGCCCCGGGUUCAUGGCCGCCCAGGCGUACUGGCUCAACGGGAGGCCGCUGUGCAGCGCCCUGCAGAUCCCCCCGCCGACGCCGUGGUACAGUGCCCUCGUGCUCGGGCAGUGCAUGCUCUUCGUCACCAUGACCCAGCUGAAUCGAUGGUUUGCCAGCGUGGACGAGUAUAAUAUAAAGAUGCUCAAAAAGAUCCUUUACCACAUCAUCCUGCAAGACAAGUCUAAAGGCGGCCUCGGCUACACGACGCGCUUCAACUUCAAGUAUGUUCCGCAUUUCGACAGGAUGAACACCGAGCAAGGGGUAUACGAUCUGCCGCCGCGCUCGAUUCUGAAACCUGGCGUCGAGCGCACCGCGCUCAUUGGGCUUGUCAUGGGCACAAGCCUGAUGUCGUUAGGCGUUGUGGGCGGUGUGAAGAUCGGUGGAUGGCUGCUGUCAAGAUUAUCGACGCCGCAACGUUAGAACUGUCAUGUGAUGCAGAGCGAUCAGAAACUUAUCCAUUGGCCCAACCUUACUUGAGGUUUCUUCGUGUGUAUUCCAACGUCCCCAUAUUCACGCCA